AUGGCGGAGUGCCCCUCGCGCAUCCAAGAAAACACGGAGAGACACCGGCCACAGCGUGCUCAAGACAGCGGCGACCGCUAUCGAUCACAACGUGCAAACGUCGCUCAAGAAGAAGACUCGGGCGACUACCUCUUUUCGAUCGGUGAAACGACAUCUGCGAAAUCGAGCGACAUCUGGCUGGUCGACUCCGGGGCGACGCAGCACAUGACGUGCUCCAAGAAGUUCAUGCGGAACUACAAGGGGUUUGACGCUGUGGAUGUCCAUCUCGCGGAUGAUGGAAUCGUCCAAGCAAUCGGCAGUGGGGACAUUGUCAUGUCGAUGAAGACACCCCAAGGGAUGAAGAAAGGUGUGCUCACAAACGUGUGGCACAUCCCAAAGUUAUCCAGAAACCUGUUCUCGGUCGGCCGCUUCACCAAUGAUGUCGGCCCAGUGACGUUCACGAAGGAUGGGUGCUAUGGAGAAGCGAAAGGGACCAAGUGGAAAAUUGGUGCCCGUGAAGGUAAAGGACUGUUCAAGCUGCAAAUGACUCCAGUGGCGCCGGAACAAGCAAAUGCAGCCAAGUCGUCGGGAUGUCAAGGGGGCACCAAGUCGUACCUCUGGCACCUUCGGCUUGGCCACAUAGGUCACGAUGGACUCAAUUGCAUCGUGACGAAGAACAUUGGAAUUGGCAUCGACAUAUCUUCGGUGAAGAAGUGGGACGUGUGUGAAGGUUGUGCUCUGGGAAAACAGACUCGAGUGCGCUUCCAAUCCAACACUACAGCUCGCACCUCCAAACUCCUCGAAGUGAUUCACAGCGACGUAUGCGGACCGAUGUCGAUGGCAACUUUCAGUGGAAAACGGUACUUCGUGACAUUCAUUGAUGACAAGUCAAGAUACUGUGUCGUCUAUCUGCUCAAGAGCAAAUCUAAAGUUGCGGCGAAGUUCAUGGAAUACGCUGCGAUGGCCGAAACGCAAACCGGAAAGCGCGUGAAGUACCUUCAAAGCGACAAUGGGGGUGAAUACAAGUCCGACAAGCUGGCACGAUUCUGCGCGGAACGGGGAAUACAACAAAGGUUCACACCUCCAUAUACUCCUCAGCUAAACGGAGUAGCUGAGAGAAUGAAUCGCACGCUGGUCGAGUGUGCGCGUUGCAUGAUGGAACACGCUGGACUGGGAAAGAGCUACUGGGGUGAAGCAGUGAUGACGGCGAUGUUUCUUCGAAACCGCUGUCCAACACGUGCCAUUCACCAAGACAAGUCUCCAUAUCAAGUGUGGACGAUGAAGAAACCGAUUCUGGCCAACCUUAAAGUGUUUGGAUGCCACGCGUAUGUUCAAGUGCCUCAAGACAAACGCGCGAAGUUCGACUCCAAGUCAUCACUCUGUCGUUUCCUGGGAUACGCCGAACACCAGAAGUCAUAUCGAUUUGAGGAAGUGUCAACAGGAGCGAUCAAGAUCAGUCGCGAUGCCACAUUUAUGGAAGACAAGUUUGAUGAAGGUCCGCGCAACUACAACGAUGAGUCAAGUGUCGUUGAGUUUGAUGAUCAUGAUGAGGACGAAGAAAAAGAAGAAGGUAAAACUGACGACGACAUGGACUCGAGCGACGAUGACAACGAAGACACCAGGUCUUCGAAGAGCAACAUCAAGAGACACACGCGCACUCAAUCACUUGAGAAAGCUACCGUCAUUCCAAGUCCCAAGCGAAGAACAUACAGAGGUCCGUCGCUUGAGCAUGUGUCAGCGGCUGCAAUGGAUUUUGAUGCAGCCUACAUCGUUGAUUCAGUGGGGGAAACGCCGACUACAUUCAAGUCGGCGAUGGAAUCAAGCGACUCCGGCAAGUGGAAAGAAGCGUGUGACUCGGAGUUCGAUUCGCUUCAGAGAAACGACACGUGGGAAAUCGUGCCUCUUCCGAAAGGUCGCAAGGCCAUCGGGUGCCGAUGGGUUUUUCGUGUAAAGGAGAAUCAAGAUGGCGAAGUUGAACGUUUCAAGGCAAGACUUGUGGCCAAAGGAUUCUCACAGAAAUUCGGAGUUGACUAUGAAGAAACUUUCGCACCGGUGGCCAAGUUCACAUCGAUUCGUGUGGUGCUCAGUAUGGCGGCUAAGUACGGCCUAAUGCUACAUCAGAUGGACGUCAAGACAGCGUUUCUUAACGGCUCCCUCAACGAAGACAUCUACAUGGACCAGCCGGACGGAUACCUGGAUGCAACACAGCCGGACUAUGUGUGCAAGCUAAAGAGAUCACUCUACGGCUUGAAGCAAUCGCCUCGCAUGUGGAACCAAACAAUCGAUGGGUUCAUGAUCAAGAUGGGAUUCAAGAAGUGCGAAUCGGACCACUGCAUCUACAUCAAGCGAGACGACCAAGACAUGAUUCUCGUGGUUCUCUACGUCGAUGAUCUCAUCCUGGCCAGCAGCAACAACGAACUCCUCAAGUCAACCAAGAUGGCGCUGAGCAAACGCUUCGAAAUGACGGAUCUCGGUGAGCUCGAUUACUUUCUCGGCAUGUGUUGA